UAAUAAUAAAAUCUUCCAUAUGUUUGCUCCAAUACAAUAGUCAAUAGCUGAAGCUAGGAAGUUUGUAGAACCCAAAAAUAGAUUAAUUCAUGGCAAAAUUAUUGUUUGUAAUAUCAAUAAUAUUGAUUCAUUUUGUUCAACAAUGUACCCUUAAAGUAGAGGGGUAUACCAGAGCAGAUUUCCCAUCUGAUUUUAUCUUUGGUUCAGGCACUUCUGCUUAUCAGGUAGAGGGGGCAGCAACUGAGGAUGGAAGGACACGAAGUAUUUAUGACACUUGGGCCUUUCAAGUUACGGGGGAAUACGCAGGAGACGUUGCAUGUGAUGAGUAUCAUAAAUACAAGGAAGAUGUUCAGUUGAUGGUAGAAACAGGAGUGGAUGCAUAUAGAUUCUCCAUUUCAUGGACAAGACUGAUCCCAAAUGGAACAGGAGCAAUUAAUCAAAAAGGAGUUGACUAUUACAAUAAUCUCAUCAAUGAACUAAUCAAAAACGGAAUUCAACCCCAUGUAACAUUGCUACAAUUUGAUUUCCCACAAGUACUUCAAGAUGCUUAUGGAGGAUGGAUGGAUCAACAAAUGGUGAUGGAUUUUACAGCUUAUGCAGAAGUGUGUUUCAAAGAAUUUGGAGACAGAGUUUUACAUUGGACAACAAUUAACGAGCCAAUUGCUGUUGUUCUUUUGUUUUAUGAUGAUUUAAAUCCAUAUAUUGCUGCUCACAACCUUUUACUUGGCCAUGCAUCAGUAGUCAACCUAUACAGACAAAAGUUUCAGGAAAAGCAAAAUGGAUCCAUUGGGCUGAAUCAACAUGCAAGAUGGUUUCUUCCUGCUACUAACACAAAACGUGAUAUAAUGGCAUGUGAGAGAGCUAGUAUGUUUGUAAACGAUUGGUUUACUCAUCCCAUUGUGUAUGGAGAUUAUCCUAAUAAAAUGAAACUAUAUUUGGGAACAAAACUUCCAUCAUUUACUAAGGAAGAAAGCAAGUUAGUGAAAGGUUCAUUUGACUUUAUAGCAAUCAACUGCUAUACUGCUUCUAUAGUUGAAGACGAUCCCCAAGCUUCAUCUUUUCUAUUGUGCUUCAAAGCUAAAUGCAAUGAUAAAGUUAUUGGAGGAAAGUUCAUACAAGGUGCACUAGAGCAUUUGAAACAAGUUUAUGGCAAUCCUCCAGUCUAUAUACAUGAAAAUGGUUUACGGACUUUUCGUAAUGUAUCAUUCAACGACACAUCAAGAAUCACUUAUCUAAAUGCUUCUAUUGGAAGCAUGUUAGAUUCCUUGAGGAAUGGAUCAAAUGUAAAAGGAUAUUUCCAAUGGUCGUUUUUGGAUUUGUUCGAGUUUUCACAACACAACGAAUAUGGAUUUGGGUUAUAUUACGUUGAUUUACAAAGCUCAGAAUUGAGAAGGUAUCCUAAGAGAUCUGCGCUUUGGUAUUCCAAUUUUCUAAAGGGAAAGCCUUCUCAAUCAUAUCUUGCAUCCGAAUAAUUGAAUUAUUUUUUGAUUGAGGUCAAGUCGAUUUUUUUAUUUAUUGUUUCGUGUUAUAUAAGAGUUUAUUGGGCGUAAAAUACAUAUUCUGAUACAAUUAUACGAUACAUAUUUCUCUGAUAUUUGACAUUGAACAUUCUAUUUAGAUGAAGAGGUGCUUUAGAUUUUGUAUACCAUUUUAAUGAACAUUUUCAAUAAAAGUGCAAAA